AUGUGGUUGACACAUAAAAAUCAGACUUCUGAAGUCACCUUCAUCCUCCUGGGGUUCUCAGAAUAUCCGGACCUCCAGGGGCCACUCUUCCUGGUUUUCCUCACCAUCUACACCAUCACCGUGCUGGGCAACCUGGGCAUGAUCGCCAUCAUCAGAUUCAAUCCCAAGCUCCACACCCCUAUGUACUUUUUCCUCAGUCACUUGUCCUUGGUGGAUUUCUGCUACUCUUCUGUUGUCACCCCCAAGCUCCUGGAGAACCUGAUUGUGGAGGACAGAAGCUUCUCCUUUGCAGGCUGCCUCAGCCAGUUCUUCUUUGUGUGUGUUUUUGUAGUGACAGAAACCUUCAUGUUGGCAGCCAUGGCCUACGACCGAUUUGUGGCCAUUUGCAACCCUCUCCUCUACACAGUGGCCAUGUCCCCAAAGUUGUGUUCUUUGCUGGUGGCUGCAUGUUACUCUUGGGGACUCAUCUGCUCCCUGACACUUACUUGUUUUUUAGUGACAUUAUCUUUCCGAGGAAGCAAAGUCAUCCAUAACUUUGUCUGUGAGCAUGCUGCCAUCGUGGCCGCAUCCUACUCUGACGCCUACAUCAACCAGAUGAUCGUUUUAGUCUCUGCAACGUUUAAUGAAAUAAGUAGCCUGGUGAUCAUCCUUACCUCCUACAUGUUCAUUUUCAUCACCAUCAUGAAGAUGCCUUCCACUGGGGGGCGCCACAAAGCCUUCUCCACCUGUGCCUCCCACCUGACUGCCAUUACCAUUUUCCAUGGAACCAUCUUAUUUCUUUACUGUGUUCCCACCACCAAGAGCUCGUGGCUCAUGGUCAAGGUAGCCUCUGUCUUCUACAUAGUGGUCAUCCCCAUGUUGAAUCCCUUGAUCUACAGUCUGAGGAACAAAGAUGUGAAGGAAACAGUCAGGAAGUUAAUAGGCAUAAAGUUAUGA